CUCUCUCUCUCUCUCUCUCACACUCUCCACCCCCCCACCGCCCCUCCUCUCUCUCUCUCUCUCUCCCUUGCUCUAUCUUUCAUACUCUCUGCUUCUUUCCUGCUCUCACUCUUUCCCUCACUCUCUUGCUCUGCACUUCUUCUCGGUGCUAUGUCAGGCCAGACCGCACCGAGAGCCACAGGCAGCCCGGAGGACGGAGCUGAUCUGUCCACCAACGAGAAGAUACUGAGGGAUUGUCACCAGCUCUACACAGCCCCAGAACGCGGACUCAUCACGAUCGGCAAACACCUGGGUGAGAAGCUCCAGGCUCAGAACAGGAAGAUAACAGUGAUGGUGAUGGGGAAUCACUCGGCUGGGAAGAGCUCAUUCAUCAACUGGUACAUCGGGGAGUCUGUUCAGAGAACAGGGGUCGCCAUCGAAACCCAGGCCUUCAGUUUCAUCACCAGUGGCCGAAAGCGAGAAUCUUUAACUGGAAAAUCAACCCUCCAUCUGUACCCACAGUUUAAAGACCUGGAGGAGAUUUCAGGUUUGACAGAUCACCUGAGCACCGAGAUUUGCCCCUCACGGCAGAGAGACUUCAAUCUGGUAACGUUUAUUGACACUCCGGGUUUGGUGGACGGAGAGAUGACAUAUCAGUUUGAUGUGGAUGAGGCUCUUGUUCGCAUCGGUGAAAAGGUUGAUCUUAUUUACGUGUUUUUCGAGCCAAUGGGACAAGCUUUGUGUAAGCGGACACUGAGCGUGGUGGAGAAGCUUAACCAUAAGCACGCGGAGAGGCUACGGUUUUACCUGAGCAAAGCUGACACGGCUGGAAAUGAGUGUGAUCGGCAGCGGGUGUUAAUCCAAGUCACUCAGCAACUCUGCUCUAAACCAGGACUUAACCAGUGCGGAUUUGAUAUGCAAACCAUCUACAUCCCUGAUUUGAGCCAGCUCAGCAGCUGUGUGAAUCAGAUUGAGGAGACCUGCAAAACCAUCACUAAGAGUGUAAACCAGGCCGUGCAGACAGCAUUAGAGCAGCUGGAAAGCGACUGUGAGCUCCUGUUGCAGAGGACAAACCAGAGGCUUCUGAAGGACAGGGAGCUGGUCCAGAGGAGCAGACGCGGUUGGAUGAGACGCCGCCUGUUCGGUUGCCUUGCUUACCUGGUACCCAUCUCCUGGUUGGCUGCUGCCAUUGUCCCCCUCCUGGCCACACAAACCAUCUCCCUCGCGACGGGAGAGAGACUGGCCGAGGCGGCCCAGCUCCAUGCGAUGCUGUCUGACCUGCUGAGUGUACCCAGCGACCGCUGAUUUUGUUUCAGAUUUCCAGCAUCUGCAGUGAUUUGUGUUUUAGCAAACGGUUUAUCAUUCGGAUGAUGAAAUAGAUACAGACAGAGAGCGACAGACAGACAGACAGACAGAGAGAGACAGACAGACAGACAGACAGAGACAUAAACGGACAGACAGUCUGUGUGAUUUGUAUAUGUUCAAGCACAUUAAAGGUCCAUUGGUUUAAAUGUGCAGCUUGAACAGACACAAUAGACCGGGUGGAUAUAAUUUGUAUCAUUGUAAGCUCCACAUUUAAAGGUUCUUUGGUUUUACGCGCCAUCGCGCUCAAGGAAAUAAGAGGGAAAGUCCUGAUGGAGAAGGGUGGUGACGUGGUGACCGAAGGCCCACCACAGGCUCGGGGAGGGGAUGACUUUGCAGCCCUCUGGGAGGUCGGCAACACUGUCUGCCGUGUUAACACUGUUUUUGUCGCUCUCAGCGCCGGCUGGCCGCGGUGUGGGCUUGGCUGAGUGGAGACAGUCCUCUGUUGGCCGUCGCCAU